AUGGAGGCAGAUGGAGGUAGAGGGAGGAAGAGGGAGGCAGAGGGAGACAGAGGGAGACAGAGGGAGGUAGAGGGAGGCAGAGGGAGGCAGAGGGAGACAGAGGGAGGCAGAGGGAGGCAGAGGGAGACAGAGGGAGGUAGAGGGAGGCACAGGGAGGUAGAGGGAGGUAGAGGGAGGCAGAAGGAGGCAGAGGGAGACAGAGGGAGACAAAGGGAGGCAAAGGGAGACAGAGGGAGGCAGAGGGAGACAGAGGGAGGCAGAGGGAGAGGGAGGCAGAGGGAGGCAGAGGGAGACAGAGGGAGACAGAGGGAGGCAGAGGGAGACAGAGGGAGGCAGAGGGAGGUAGAGGGAGACAGAGGGAGGCAGAGGGAGGCAGAGGGAGACAGAGGGAGGCAGAGGGAGGCAGAGGGAGGCAGAGGGAGACAGAGGGAGACAGAGGGAGGCAGAGGGAGACAGAGGGAGGCAGAGGGAGGUAGAGGGAGACAGAGGGAGGCAGAGGGAGGCAGAGGGAGACAGAGGGAGACAGAGGGAGGCAGAGGGAGACAGAGGGAGGCAGAGGGAGAGGGAGGUAGAGGGAGGCAGAGGGAGACAGAGGGAGACAGAGGGAGACAGAGGGAGGCAGAGGGAGGCAGAGGGAGACAGAGGGAGGCAGAGGGAGGCAGAGGGAGACAGAGGGAGGCAGAGGGAGACAGAGGGAGACAGAGGGAGGUAGAGGGAGGAAGAGGGAGGCAGAGGGAGACAGAGGGAGGUAGAGGGAGGAAGAGGGAGGCAGAGGGAGACAGAGGGAGACAGAGGGAGGCAGAGGGAGGCAGAGGGAGGCAGAGGGAGGCAGAGGGAGACAGAGGGAGGCAGAGGGAGGCACAGGGAGAGGGAGACAGAGGGAGACAGAGGGAGACAGAGGGAGACAGAGGGAGGCAGAGGGAGGCAGAGGGAGGCAGAGGGAGACAGAGGGAGGCAGAGGGAGGCAGAGGGAGGCAGAGGGAGACAGAGGGAGGUAGAGGGAGGCACAGGGAGGCACAGGGAGGUAGAGGGAGGCAGAAGGAGGCAGAGGGAGACAGAGGGAGACAAAGGGAGGCAAAGGGAGACGGAGGGAGGCAGAGGGAGGUAGAGGGAGGCAGAGGGAGACAGAGGGAGGUAGAGGGAGGUAGAGGGAGGCAGAAGGAGGCAGAGGGAGACAGAGGGAGACAAAGGGAGGCAGAGGGAGACAGGGGGAGGCAGAGGGAGGUAGAGGGAGGCAGAGGGAGACAGAGGGAGACAGAGGGAGGUAGAGGGAGACAGUGGGAGGCAGAGGGAGGUAGAGGGAGACAGAGGGAGGCAGAGGGAGGUAGAGGGAGGCAGAGGGAGACAGAGGGAGGCAGAGGGAGAGGGAGACAGAGGGAGGCAGAGGGAGGUAGAGGGAGGAAGAGGGAGGAAGAGGGAGGCAGAGGGAGACAGAGGGAGGCAGAGGGAGGUAGAGGGAGACAGAGGGAGGCAGAGGGAGGUAGAGGGAGGCAGAGGGAGACAGAGGGAGACAGUGGGAGACAGAGGGAGGCAGAGGGAGGCAGAGGGAGGCAGAGGGAGGCAAAGGGAGGCAGAGGGAGGCAGAGGGAGACAGAGGGAGGCAGAGGGAGGCAGAGGGAGGUAGAGGGAGACAGAGGGAGGCAGAGGGAGGUAGAGGGAGGCAGAGGGAGACAGAGGGAGACAGUGGGAGACAGAGGGAGGCAGAGGGAGGCAGAGGGAGGCAGAGGGAGGCAGAGGGAGGUAGAGGGAGACAGAGGGAGGCAGAAGGAGGUAGAGGGAGACAGAGGGAGGCAGAGGGAGGCAGAGGGAGACAGAGGGAGACAGAGGGAGGGAGAGGGAGGCAGAGGGAGACAGAGGGAGGCAGAGGGAGGUAGAGGGAGACAGAGGGAGACAGAGGGAGGUAGAGGGAGACAGAGGGAGAGGGAGGCAGAGGGAGACAGAGGGAGGCACAGGGAGGUAGAGGGAGGUAGAGGGAGGCAGAAGGAGGCAGAGGGAGACAGAGGGAGACAAAGGGAGGCAGAGGGAGACAGAGGGAGGCAGAGGGAGGCAGAGGGAGGCAGAGGGAGACAGAGGGAGGUAGAAGGAGGCAGAGGGAGGCAGAGGAAGACAGAGGGAGGCAGAGGGAGGCAGAGGAAGACAGAGGGAGGCAGAGGGAGGCAGAGGGAGACAGAGGGAGGCAGAGGGAGACAGAGGGAGGCAGAGGGAGGCAGAGGGAGACAGAGGGAGACAGAGGGAGGUAGAGGGAGGCAGAGGGAGGCAGAGGGAGACAGAGGGAGGUAG